AUCACACUUCCGCCUCCCGGGCUCCGGAAGGUACCGCGCACGCGCUCCCUGCGACUCCGGCGCGGUUGACUUCCGCUCCCACUGUGCCCUGCGAGUCGAAUCAUGGAUCACACUGACAAUGAGUUACAAGGCACUAAUAGUUCUGGAUCAUUGGGUGGUCUUGAUGUUCGAAGACGAAUUCCUAUAAAGCUCAUCUCCAAACAAGGGAACAAAGCCAAAGCUUCACCUCGAACUCCAAGGACUAUAAACAGGAUGCCUGCAAAGGCUCCAGCUGGUGAUGAAGAAGGAUUUGAUUAUAAUGAAGAAGAACGGUAUGACUGUAAAGGGGGUGAACUGUUUGGAAAUCAACGAAGAUUUCCUGGACACCUUUUUUGGGACUUUCAGAUAAACAUCUUAGGUGAAAAGGAUGAUACUCCAGUUCAUUUCUGUGACAAAUGUGGAUUACCUAUUAAAAUUUAUGGGCGAAUGAUUCCAUGCAAGCAUGUGUUUUGCUAUGACUGUGCUAUUUUACAUGAAAAAAAGGGAGAUAAGAUGUGUCCGGGCUGUAGUGAUCCUGUGCAGCGAAUUGAGCAGUGUACACGAGGUUCUCUCUUCAUGUGUAGCAUUGUUCAAGGGUGCAAGAGAACAUACUUGUCUCAGAGAGACUUACAGGCUCAUAUCAACCACCGCCAUAUGAGAGCUGGAAAACCUGUUACCCGGGCUUCACUUGAAAAUGUUCAUCCUCCUCCUAUUGCCCCACCACCAGCUGAAAUCCCCGAUCGUUUUAUCAUGCCGCCAGACAAGCACCAUAUGAGCCAUAUUCCGCCAAAGCAGCACAUCAUGAUGCCACCACCUCCUUUGCAACAUGUGCCCCACGAGCACUAUAAUCAGCCACACGAGGAUAUCCGUGCUCCUCCAGCUGAAUUGUCCAUGGCUCCUCCUCCACCUCGCUCAGUCAGUCAGGAAACCUUUCGUAUUUCAACAAGAAAACACAGCAAUUUAAUAACUGUCCCUAUUCAGGAUGACUCAAAUCCAGGUGCUAGAGAACCACCACCUCCUGCCCCCGCACCUGCUCACCAUCAUCCUGAAUAUCAGGGCCAACCAGUGGUCUCGCACCCUCAUCAUAUUAUGCCUCCACAGCAACAUUAUGCACCACCCCCACCUCCUCCACCACCAAUAAGCCAUCCAAUGCCACAUCCUCCCCAGGCCGCAGGUACUCCUCACUUGGUGUAUAGCCAAGCUCCACCUCCACCAAUGACCUCUGCUCCACCACCAAUUACCCCUCCCCCUGGACAUAUUAUUGCCCAGAUGCCACCUUAUAUGAAUCAUCCUCCUCCAGGACCUCCCCCACCUCAACAUGGUGGUCCACCUGUAACUGCACCCCCUCCUCACCAUUACAAUCCCAACUCUUUACCCCAGUUCACUGAAGAUCAAGGAACUCUGAGCCCUCCAUUUACACAACCAGGGGGAAUGAGUCCUGGUAUAUGGCCUGCACCGAGAGGGCCACCUCCUCCUCCACGAAUGCAGGGUCCGCCUUCUCAAACCCCACUACCUGGACCACAUCAUCCAGAUCAGACAAGAUAUAGACCGUAUUACCAAUGAUAAUAGUAUUCUGAACUGAUGAUAUGAUGAGGAAACAAAACUUAUAUGUAUAGUCAAUCUUUUCUUUAAGCUUUGACUGUUCGGGGAAGGAAAAGCGCCUCUUGCUGAGGUGGCUGUACAACACUUAGGGUCUUGUCUCUUAAAAUGGUUUUAAAUCUUGACCUUAGGAUUGAUUUCAAGUACUAUACUGUAGUGCAGUUAAGUGGCUCAGUUGAGCACAGCUAUAUUUUAAGAACUUUGUUCCCCUAGUGUGGUAAAUUGACCCAGAGGUGACCAUUUGUAAAAAAAAAAAAAAAAAUUGAAAACCUUUUUCCAUUGUUCCACUUUCAAAAGUACGUCUUUUGUUAAACCCAAUGUUUAAGUUUUUCUUGUGAUACAUUUUGUUAACCUGUGUAAAAGGAUUAAACUUCAAUAUGGUUGUAAAAAUACUAUUUUUAUGUGAACUUAA